AUGAGCUAUCGGCGGCAGGGAACUCUAUCCCUCGCAGCCCGUGAUUCUCUGAGAAAGAUUUUAAUUUCUGAACCUGAUUCGAGUACUUUAUUUCCUGUGAAAACGUCUCAACGUGAUUUUCAACAAACAAGAAUAAACCUGCCUUCUACUUUAUCUAAAAUAGUGGACGCUGAAGGUAGUCCAGUUUCGGAAGAGGAGGAGAUUGACCAACCUUCUCUUGAUGAUUCUGAACUUCCCACUUCGUUUGAGGAGGACAUUUCAAGGGAAAAGGAUAUGGUGAGUCAUUCAGAGUUUAAGACAACAACCGAUCUCCUGUUUCGGGAGAGUUACGGCAUUCUGGUCGAUCACGUUCCUUCCCCGAUCAAAGCGUUCCUCUCUCCUGAUUUCUCCGUCUCUUCAACCCGCCUUCUCAUCUCCUCGCUGCUACCUGACGAAUCUGCCUGGUUUACGAAGGGCUACUCGUUUUCCAGCGACCAAUGGUUUUGCUUCCCUCCUUUCUUCACUUUCAGGGAACCCGCCUACCAAGCCUUCCUCGACUCCCUCCAGCAGCACUACAUCGCCUCCAACGAAAAAGCGCGGCAUGCUUCGUACUCCAAAUACCAAAUUCGGUUCAUUAAGGGAAGCAACAGUCCGUUUAUCGACGCACACAAUAUUUGCAUUGAUAGCUCGCACGUCUGGAACUUUUUCUUCGAGGGCGGGACGUUUCGCUUUCGAUACCCCACCAAACAGAGCUUUCGGUGGGAAUACAAAUUCAAUGUGCAAUACAAAAAGCUCCCAAACACGACCCUUUGGAUCGAAAACGGACAUUUUUUCGUGUCCCAACCGUACCUAACACGUCAUAUCGGACACUUCGCGGAGUCCGUAAACCAGGCUUUAUUGAAACUACGCUAUCCGGAGUUUUACCCGGAAGUUACAGAUUGGUAUUUGCCACUGUUUAAGGACAAUGAAUUCGCAUGGUCCAAAACCUAUCUCCAGCUUUUGUUAGAGUUGUAUCCGAAAAAGUUGAGGCCGAAUGUGCAUUUUGCGGAUGCGUUUAAACUGAAACGAGGCGUUUGUUUUCGAUCUGUGACCCUGCUGGAUCGCUGUGCGUAUAACAACGAUGGUGGCUUGUUUGCAGGCUUUGCCUCGCAAGACUUGAUGAAGGGAACGGCGUACCGUUAUGCCAGUGUGGAGUCCAGACAUCUCGGUCCGAACCAACUGACACUGUUGUUUUUGGAUCGAAAGAAGAAGAGAGGGUUCCGAGACCCCAAGAAGCUAAAGAAAGCGAUCAUGAACCGAUUCCCAGAUCUCGCGAUGAAAUUCUCUACGAUGGAUGGUCUGAGCGUAAAGGACCAAAUCCAGCUAUUCUAUUCAUCGGAUCUGGUGUUCUCCCCGCAUGGUUCCGCAUUAGUGAAUCUGCUGUUUACCGCGCCGCAUUCGACGUUGAUCGAGUGCAAUCCGCCGUAUUUUUAUGAAAUGUGGUUUUCGAACAUUGGCUGGAUGUCUCGCAUGCACUAUGUGAGCGUGACAACGUAUCACUCGAAGUGGCUAAAGCAAGAUCGUCGCGAUGACGCCGAGAAAUUGUACGCGAGGGGAAAGUUCUAUUUGAAACGGCGCGAGUUCUCCGACAAUCUGGUAAGUCCUCCGCUGAUGAAUGUAUUGAACGCUCUGAACGAUGCAGUGGAGUACACGAAGCGAUGGCGCUUUGUUUACGAGGCAUCGGACAAAUGGUCGCCUUUGUUUUUUUAG